AUGGAAGUCCCACAUCCACUAAGCACCAGUGAUAAUUGUGGAGAUCCUAGGUACAGAAUCUACUGCAACAAUGGUGUCCUAGAAUUCUUAUCAUCUGUAGGGUUUUACUACAAGAUCCUGAGCAUUAACCCUAGUGCUUAUAAGCUUGUUAUAGGCCCUUCCAUGAUACAGAAAAACACAUGUUACUCUUCUGAUCUUGCUUUUGGAGGGUUAAAGCUUGUUGAGAACUUGCCUUUUAAUAUUUCUACUCAUAACACUGCCAUGUUAUUUAACUGCUCUGAAAAUAUUCUCUUAUCACCAUUGAACUGCUCAUCAACCACUUUUUGUGGGCAGUUUGAGGAGGCAGAACAAGAGGGAAGUGGCUGCAAAUGUACCCUCUGUUGCCAUUUCUUGAAAGAUGCAUCAAUGACUCAAUAUAGGAUUCGGGUCAGGGUUGGAGGGUGCACUGCUUAUACUUCUGUUGUGGAUAUGAAGCCUGGAGAUCCCAUUGGUGCAUGGAACAAUGGCAUUGAGCUCCAAUGGGUGCCUCCAAAUUGA